AUGGCAACGAGCUCUACCCCAGAUAUCGACAGGGUCAUCGAGGAAACAAGAAGAACUUGGUUUACAAACAAAAUCGCCAGCGUGAGCCUGCAUCAUGUUGGGAAGUUAAAAUUCCCCGAAUACGCAGGAAACUCGGAGCCGAAGGCCCACGUACGAGCCUUCCGCCUAGCAAUAUCAAGAGCACACCUCACCGACGACGAAAAAGAGGCCGGUUAUUGCCGCUUCUUCGCCGAGAACCUCAAGGGGGCUGCCCUCGAAUGGUUCGCUGGACUAGAGGAAAACUCGAUUGACAAUAUCACUCAGUUGGUAUCUACGUUCCUCAAACAAUAUUCAGUCUUCAUAGAGACAAGAGUUACCGAGGCAGAUCUUUGGAAUCUCAAGCAAGCGCCUUUUGAGCCGUUGAGAGCAUACAUAAACAAGUUCCGAGAAAUCAUAGCCAAGAUUUCGCAUCCGAACGAGGUCGUCACCCUAGCAGCAUUGAAGAAUGGCUUGGGUGACGCCCUACACCGAGUCUCUUACUUCGCCACCCACGAAGAAGAGGUCGCAGCCUUAAAAGAACAGUAUAGCGCGAGCAAGAAUAAUGCGACUAAAAAGUCUACUGCUCCUAAGGAGCCAGCGACCAAAGAACAACAUUCCUAUGCAAUAAACAACUCACCGCGAAAGUCUUCGACAUACGAACUCAGCAAAUAUUGCGCCUUCCAUGACCGCAAAGGCCAUUCGACCGAAGAAUGUCGAGCCGCGCUUCGCAGUCAGAACGAAAAGAAAACCACUGAAGAAACCGGAGAGGAAGAGGAAGAGCCAGUGACUCCAAAAUCCAACCGAAAGGCCAAAGUCUCGACAAACAAAAGAGGCAGGGAGACCGAGCAGGAAUCACCAAGCUCUCCACCCCCAGCUCCGAAGAAAAGAGUCGACAUGAUUUUGUGGGGGCCAAACAACAACACAACCGACGAAAUCAAGAGCCAGACCGAAUGGAAAAUAUGCUUCGAGAUUACGGUGGCGAUCUGCACAUUGGAAAACCCUGAUGAAGCUACUCUUCCUCCCAGUAUCACUCAGUACCACCCAAACAUAAAGUCGCCUUGCGGAAAAAUCUCCAACUUUAAGCGCAUGAACAAAAUAACCGAAAUUCGCGAGCUACUGGAAAAACCGAUUGCCCUACAGAUUCAGAAAAAAGACAGAAUGCAGACCCUUAAUCACAAUCUGUCUGGGGGGGCAGAGACACUACCGACCAGCACUAACUAA